CUGGACUGUGUUCGAUUGCAUCGAUGAUUGAUUUCGCAAUUCGAUACUCGACUUAUGCUGUCUUUACCCUCCCACGUGUUUUGGUUUAGAAGACAUGGCGGCGCUCACGGGUGAGGUGCAAGUAGCCACAACCAAAAGACCAAACGUGCGUGGUCCUAGGCGAGUGGCAAACCAGAUCCCGGAUGAGAUUUUGACAGACCCGGAGUUGCAGGAGGCUAUUCGUGCGUUACCAGCAAACUACAACUUUGAAAUCCACAAGACCGUUUGGAGAGUGCGUCAAGCUAAAGCCAAGAGGGUGGCCCUGCAGUUACCAGAGGGGCUUCAGAUGUUUGCCUGUGUGAUCGCCGACAUCAUUGAAAGGUUCACAGAAGCGGACACGCUGGUGAUGGGGGAUGUAACGUACGGAGCCUGCUGCGUGGAUGACUUCACCGCUCGGGCCCUGGGGGCCGACUUCAUGGUGCACUAUGGACACAGCUGCCUCAUUCCCAUUGACUCCACAGCGGGCAUCAAGAUGCUGUACGUGUUUGUGGACAUCCAGAUGGACACAUCUCACUUCCUGGACACGCUCCGCUUCAACUUCACUCCGGGUCAAUCUCUGGCCUUGGUCAGCACUAUCCAGUUUGUGGCUGCUCUGCAGGCUGCGAGCGCUGCUCUGAAGCCGGACUACGACGUGCUGGUGCCUCAGUGUCGGCCCCUGUCCCGGGAGAGAUCCUGGGCUGCACGUCGCCGCGGCUGGACCGCUCGGUCAAAUGCGGUCAUUUAUCUUGGAGAUGGAAGAUUUCACCUCGAGUCUAUUAUGAUUGCCAACCCAGAUAUACCAGCCUACAGGUAUGACCCUUACAGCAAAGUCUUCUCACGAGAGUACUACGACCACCAGGCCAUGCGGGCCGCCAGGCUGGAGGCCAUUGACAAAGCCCGCACAGCCCAAAGAUGGGGGCCUGAUCCUGGGUACCCUUGGUCGCCAGGGCAACCCAAGAUCCUGGAGCACCUGGAGUCCAAGCUGGAGGCCCAUGGCAGGUCUUUCACCAGGGUUUUGCUGUCUGAGAUCUUCCCGAGCAAGCUGCAGCUGAUGGCAGAUGUGGAUGCGCCGCCGUGGCACUGCAGCAGGCCGACUGGCAGGACGUCUACCCCAUGGAUUUCUACUCCAAUCAGAGCCUGGGGCCCUGGGCCCCCAAUCACCCCGACAACCAACCGGCACGGCCCCCUCGUCGACAGACCCAGAAGAGUGGGCAGACUGAAGAGAGACUGCCUCCCGAGCCCAAGCCCUGUGGACGCGACCAGAGCGCCCCCUGUGGCUGUCAGGAGGAGUGACCGGACAAAGCAGCGGCGCUGCUGCUCUCUUCCAUGUCGGCAGCCAACCACGGCUUAUCUUCCCCAUCUGCAGGAGACUGGCCAGCCAAUCAGAGCGCCGGAGCACAUCGUCAAGGCGUGUCACAGGAUGUUAAUGUGGAUCUCUGCCAGUCUCUCCCUUGAUAAUGACAACAAUAACAACAACAAUAACAGCAGUAACAACAACAGACACAUUGCCAAAAAGGCCCUCUGUAUCACAGUUGGAAAAUAUGCCUUUGUUGCAUACUUCAUGUGUGUGUGUGUAUGAGAGGGGGAGAGAGGUAGGGAUGGAGGGGAGGAUGAGAGAAAAGAGAGAGGGAGGAUUACUGAGCCACCCUGUUAUUCUUGUUCCAACAACCUGUGGGCAUAUCGCUUCCAUCAUUCAGUCACCUUUUUCAUUGCUUAAGCAAAUGUAACCACACUUCAAAACUCUUGACGUUUUGAAAUAUUCUUUAUAGUAGCCAAAGGCUGAGUAGACACUGGACCUUGAGUAUUGUAAAAGACAUUUACCACUGCAUAAAACAAGAAGUAAAAAGUGUCCUUAAAUCUACAGAAUGGAAAUGUCAUUCACAUUUUGCCCUGGGCCAUCCAGAUGUCUCAGUACAGAAAUCAAAAGACUGUUUUUAUUUUAUUUUAUUUUGUAUAUGACGUGAAAAUUGAAAGACCCAGUGGAACUCUGAGAUCUCCGAUCUUCCUGGCAUACCCUCGGAGAUUCACAGCCAAGCUUAUUAGAUUCCAUGUCUGUUGAAUCACGAUGGGCUGCCCUUGGGCUGUUGAACCUCAAAGCUCAGCACCAUGCGCAUUAAUGAUGCAUUGCUUAUUCAAUCAAUUAAACAUUUUUUGGUGGUGUGUUGCCCAAGGAGCUUUUUGUUUUGCGGUGAGGAGAAAGCCCUUCUGCAGAGGGGAAUUUAUUCCACUAAGCAAGUGUCUGUCUGUCUGUCUGUCUGUCUGUCUGUCUGUCUGUCUGGCCUUUUUCAUUCAUUUGUGACAUUCUGAAUAAAAUGAAUAAUGUCUGAAUAA